AUGUCCUUCUUCGAACCCGCCCCGGAGCCAGCCACCGAGCUCGGCAGACUUCGUAUUCUGUCUUCGACUGCCGGCGUUCGUGUCUCCCCUCUUCAGCUUGGAGCUAUGUCAGUGGGUGAUGCUUGGAGCAGCAUGAUGGGAUCCAUGGAUAAAGCCAAAUCCUUUGAGCUCCUUGACGCUUUCUUUGAAGCAGGAGGCAACUUUAUCGACACUGCCAACAACUACCAAAACGAGCAGUCCGAACAAUGGAUCGGCGAGUGGAUGCAAGAGCGUGGAAACCGUGAUCAGAUCGUCCUUGCCACCAAGUUCACUACCGACUACAAGGGCUACGCUCUAGGCAAGGGAAAGGCUGCCAACCACUGCGGUAACCACAAGCGCAGUAUGUUCAUGAGCGUCCGCGACUCGCUCAAGAAGCUUCAGACCGACUUCAUCGAUAUCCUCUACCUCCACUGGUGGGACCACACCACCUCAAUUGAGGAGAUCAUGGACAGCUUGCACAUCCUUGUCGAACAAGGAAAGGUCAUGUAUCUGGGAAUUUCGGACUCCCCUGCAUGGGUAGUUUCUGCUGCCAACUACUACGCUAAAGCACACGGCAAGACACCAUUCUCCAUCUACCAAGGUAGGUGGUCAAUUUUGCUUCGCGAUUUGGAAAGAGACGUGAUUCCAAUGGCUCGUCACUUUGGUAUGGCUAUUGCACCUUGGGAUGUUCUCGGUGGUGGUAAGUUCCAGACCAAGGCUGCUAUUGAGGAGCGUAAAAAGAACGGCGAAGGUCUUCGCAGCUUGAUGGGCGGCGAGCAAACAGAAGACGAAGUCAAGAUCUCCGCUGCUCUCGAAGAAGUCGCCAACGAGCACAAUGUUUCCCUCACCGCCAUCGCUCUCGCCUAUGUCAUGUCAAAGACGACAAACGUCUUCCCUCUGGUCGGUGGCCGCAAGGUCGAGCACCUCAAGGACAACAUCAAGGCAUUGAGCAUCAAGUUGUCAGAUGAGCAGAUCAAGAAGCUCGAAGGUGUCAAGCCAUUCGACAUUGGCUUCCCCAACAACUUCAUCGGCGAGAACCCUGCCCUUGGUGCACAGCCUAACUUCUUGCUCGGUGCUUCUGCAUCGAUUGCCUUCCAGCAGUUGGGUAAGCCCAUUGGACACGAGUAA